UGUUCCUUAUUAGCUGCAAAGUUAGAGCCGCUAACAACACAACAUCUACUUUGGUUUGCCUCUUCUUUCUCCUUCUCUCUCUUAAUCAUCGUCAUCAUCAUAAUCGUCAUCUCCAUUCAUUUUUAUCUGCCUCCCUCUCUUUCCAUUAUUAACUUUCUUUUUUAUUCUGUCCAAAAUUUUUCAGAGUGCAGUAGCAGUGCAGUUGAUGAUGAUUUUGAUUAAGCCUUUCUGCCCCUUUUCUCUUUCUUCUUUACUGCAACCCUCCUUCCUUCUUUUUCUUUUUCUAUAACUAGUUUAAUUUUCCCAUCAAAACAAACAAAAAAAUUUUACUUAUAAAGAAGGGAAAAUAGAAGUCUAAAUCGCAGCACUAACUCGUAGGAUUACUCUUUCUGCCGACCAAUCUUUCCGGUUGUCUUCUCUCUUUCUCUGAGUCCUUUUUUUUUUUAUUUUGAAGAAAAAUUAAUCGUAUUUAACAUCACCUCAUCUUUUCACCGAGCUUUUUCUGCUUACUGUUUUGUUUCUCUUAUCGUUUCGAUUAAGCCCAUUUCUUUCUUUGUUUUUCAACAUCCUCAUCACCGCCAUAAACCAGCAGCUCCCCCGGCCCUCUCGCAUCGCAACUGUGUGGGGGAGGGAGGAGGAGGGCAAUAUGUGAAAACGAUUCAACUGAAUUAUAUUAUCGUUGAUGAGAAGAAGAAGAAGAAAGAUCUUCAUGCACCACUGAUAAAAGAUUAUUCCGACUUUUGCCAACCAGCAACUUCAUCGACAUCAUUGAGGGAAAACAAGAGAAUUGAAAGAGAUGCAGCAAGGAGGAGGAGGGGGAGGGCAUCAAUCUCAAUAUGGGGAGAUGGGUGCUCAAACAACGGUUGCAGUGAGCGGUAGCCACAUGGUAAGCGACCAGUCGGAGCAGUUAGUGGAAGCGGCAUCGCCUAUAAGUAGUAGACCACCUGCCACUGGUAAUUUGGAUGAGCUCAUGAGGUUAGCAAUUGGUGGUGGAGAUGAGGAAGGAGAUGAAGGGGAUCAACCUGGUGGCGGAGGAGCAGCUGGAGUUUCAGGUGGUAAUAGGUGGCCCCGUCAAGAGACUCUUGCCCUUCUCAAGAUUAGGUCAGAUAUGGAUGCUACUUUUCAUGAUGCCACCGUCAAGGGCCCUCUUUGGGAAGACGUUUCCAGGAAGCUAGCGGAGUUGGGUUACAAAAGGAGUGCCAAAAAGUGGGAGGAAAAAUUCGAGAACUUUCACAAGUACUACAAGCGAACAAAAGAAGGGAGAGCUGGGCAUCAAGAUGGUAAGAGUUGCAUGUUUUUCAGCCAGCUAGAGGCUCUCCAUACAACUUCUGCCACUGUUGCUGUCACUACCGCUACCGCUGCCAGCCCUGACGUGGCUCCCGUUUCGGUUGGGAUUCCUAUGGCCAUUUCUUCUGUCAGAAUUCCACCUACUACAGCUAUUCCAAUGUCCUCCUCUAUGUUACCCAUGCCUGGGUCUGCUCCUGCGACAGUGCCAGCAAGAGCACCAGUUCCGGCAUCAGCACCUCCUAUCACCAAAACAGCCGCUCCAUUUGGAAUCAGCUUCUCUUCUAACAGCUCUUCCUCUUCUCAAGGCUUGGAAGACGACGAUGGCGAGGAGGAUGAACUCGGAGGAGAACUGUCGAACAUGGCUGGCACUAGCCGUAAACGUAAAAGGCAGUCUUCAAGAGGGGGCGGUAGUACCACCAGGAGGAUGAUGGAGUUCUUCGAGGGUCUAUUGAAACAGGUCAUGCAGAAACAAGAAGCCAUGCAGCAGAGGUAUUUAGAAGCGAUAGAGAAGAGAGAGCAAGAUAGGAUGAUAAGAGAACAAGCUUGGAAAAGACAAGAGAUGGCAAGUUUAACUCGCGAACGUGAACUUAUGGCUCAAGAACGUGCCAUUUCUGCUUCAAGAGAUGCUGCUAUUAUUUAUUUUUUGCAAAAGAUUACUGGUCAGACUAUACAGUUACCCUCAACUGUCACUGUUCCCGCCGCUCCCCUUCCAUCGAAACAAACGACCGUGCCAGUUGUUCCACCAGGGGCUCCUAUUCCUUCAGCAGCUCCGCCAUUGCAUCAGCCACCGUCAUUACCACAACAACAACAGCGUAACUCGCAACAGCAGCAACAGUCACAAUCGCACCUUCAACAUCCGUUGCAGCCACAAGUUGUUAAGCCGCAGCAGCAACCUCAAAAUACAGAAGUUGUGAGGUAUCAUCAACAGCCUAUUUUUUCAGAAGUAGUAAUGGCUAUCCCGGAACAACAGGUUCCACCACAGGAGGUUGGUGGGAGCGGGAGCUUGGAUCCUGCCUCGUCUAGAUGGCCUAAAGAUGAAGUUCUUGCACUUAUAAGCCUGAGGAGUGGGCUUGAAUCCCGGUACCAAGAGGCUGUGCCCAAGGGCCCUCUUUGGAAAGAAAUCUCCGCUGAUAUGUUCAGGAUGGGCUACAAGAGAAGCUCCAAACGAUGCAAGGAAAAAUGGGAGAACAUCAACAAGUACUUCAAAAAGGUCAAAGAAAGUAAUAAGAAACGUCCCGAGGAUGCCAAAACUUGCCCCUAUUUUCACCAACUUGAUACCCUUUACCGUAAGAAAAUACUUGGAGGUGCUACUAGCGGUGGUUCCAGUAGCUUUAGUGACCAGAAUAGGCCUGAAGAAGAAACGUCACGGUAGCAUCAAGAUGCUACUGACGCCUCACCAAUCACGGCGGCCCCGCCAUUGACGCUGCUAACUGAUCAAUCUGAAAAUAAAACUGGAGCUACUGUUGAUGUGCUGACAAGCAAAGAAGGUUUGCCCAGGAGUCUAUUUGGAGAAGGAAACGGUGGAGCUGCAAAGAUGCAUGCCAGAAGACAUUGUGUGGGAGCUGAUGGAGGAGCAGAGGAUGCACCGGCAACAACAGCAUUGGAUGGCUAUGAAAAGAUUGAUGAACCUGAUAGUGAUAAUAUGGAUUACGAGGAAGAUGAAGAUGACGAUGAGGAUGAUGACGAAUUGGAAGAAGAGAGAAAGAUGGGUUAUAAGAUAGAAUAGCAAAGACAGAAGGCAACCACUCCCAAUGGAGGAAGGAAUGUGGCACUCUCCUUCUUGGCCAUGUUUCAAUAACCUCGGCAGCAGCUCCAUCACUAAAAAUGUACACCAUAUGUACCUUCGAAUGAAUUGAAUUGAGACACUAAAAGUGUACGACUGAAUUGAGACAGGAAAUAAGCUUGGGUAUAUAUUACCAGAAGCACCGUCGAAGGACAGAAAGAAACAUGAACCAAUGGAUCAUAGAGAGGUACGUGUAUGGUGUAAGUAGGAUAAGCAGAUGUUUUGUGUCAAAAUUUCUCUUACUUUGAUUGGUUAUAAAUAAAGAAGUGAAAGAAUAUCCGUUCCUUCCAGGGUUUCUUAGAAUUAGAUUUGUUUUCUUUUUUGUCAACUGUGUACUGACCUGUUCACUCCUAUUCUUGCCCUUUUAAACUUUGUAAUCAGUUAUGUCUUCUGUCAUAAUUCUUUGUAUCUAGGCUUAGCAGUUCAGAAUCUCAAUGAACAAGUACAGACGGAAACAGUAACUCCUAGGGGAGAAGGUGUUGGUCUUUUCAUGAUCAAUCCCUUUUCUCCCUCCUUUUUCUUUCAUUAUUAUAUUAUUAUUAUUAUUACUACUAUUCAAGUCUUUGUUGCUCGUCAAGGUAGCCUUGAGUUCCCCGACUGGUUACCAGUUCCGACGUUGUCAUUUCAGCUACUGUUAAAUAAAUGUGCCAGUGUAUUAGUAUAUACAUACAUAUAUAUACGUAUGUGUAUAUAUAUACAUGCACGGUUGGAUCUUCCUGUUAGACCCAUUUUUUUCCCUUUACAAAAAGGAAAUUGUUCUUGGGUUUGAACUGGUAAUUAAUGGUUGAAUUUGUAAAUUUGGAGGUCAUAAAAUUAACUUCA